AUGCCUCGUGUGGUGCCACACCUUGGCAAAGACGUAAACUUCGAGGCCUUCUGUUCGGCGUUUGCGGAGCGUCAGGUUGUGUUUGUGCGUUCUGCAGAGCGGCAGGCAAGAAAACCUAGGACAAGGCGACGGCGCAUCGGACUAUCUCUGCUGCGGCAAUUGUACUCGGACAUGGCAAGUGUGCGAAGCAUACGAAGCAUUCUGCCAGCUAGUCUUGCUUUCUUCUGCUUCAAUGUCUGCACAGGAGAAUUGACCUGCGAUGUGCAGACGCAAUCAGAAAUCGAGAAGAUAGAGCUGCGCGAGCUUGAAGGGACAUGCCGCAUUCAAUUUCCCUUGUUCAUCAACUUGACCGCAGCAUUCCCAAGGACUAUGUCCGCAGCAGCAUCGCCGCCUGCAAUGGCGGAGUUGGCGUAUUCCUAUUCCUGUUGCGCCUGUCAUCCUGGCGUUCAGCAGCCAGCCACACCCACGGCACCUGCGUUGGACCGGCUUCUGGGUUCCACAAGAACGCCGCCAGGCUCUUGGUAUGCAUCCUUCGUCUUGCAGCGCAGCCGAAAGGCGCUGUCCGAGUUCCUCGCACAGACCAUCCCUGCGGGAGCCCCAAAAUUCCUGGUCGAGAGGUCCCCGAGAAAUGGCAGUGCUGCCAUCAAAUUGCCGAAGCACUCCAAUGCGGCGUGGGUGUUCUUCGGCAGGAACCCCGGCAGUCGAAUACUGCGUGGCCGUCCCGAGCAUACAGAUGCCAUCCAGCACAGCGGAACCUGGCAUGUGCAGCUGAAAGGCGAGAAGGUAUGGACACUCAAGCCAACUGACGAGCUGCGGCGGAAGGUCCCCUCUCUGAAGAAGGCGGGACGUGUGCGAGUCCGCUGCAUGGAAGGUGAUGUCCUGUGCAUCAACACCAGGCUUUGGUGGCACAGCACGCACAUCCCGGCACGUUGCAAGCUCUCCCUGAGUGUUGCUCGGGACAUGUACCUAGAUGGCACUCGUCCUGGAGCCUGCGACAUGACCAAUGUGGAUGGUCACUACGCAUUGAAACCUAUUCAGAAAGGUGCCGUCAUCUUCACUGAGGACACCGCGCCGCAGCUUCAGCUCCCAAGGAGCUCUACUUCGAACUGCGAGCUGCGGGAGAGUCAGCGAGGAAGUCUGGUGGUGGUGGCCAAGCGCCCCAUCAAGAAAGGAGAGUGGUUUUCGCUCAGCGACAGCGAUGUCGAGAGCACUCAGGCAGAGGAGCCCAGAGGAACCAAACGCCGGCAGUGA